GUUACUGCUCUCGAUUGCUUAUACGUCGUCGGAGGAGCGUCAUUGAGGAGAGGCCGAGCGAACGAGCGCCAACAUGUGGACCGCGAUGCUCGUCUGCACGGCUGCGCUCGUACUCGUGCCCCCGCCUCGUUCGGUGGUGCAGGCCUCGGGGGUGUUCGAGCUUCGGCUCAAGUCCUUCGCCAAUGAGAACGGCAAGGAUAGCCUUGGGAAGUGCUGUUCGGGAAGUGGGAGCGGCGGUGAGUGCUCCGGCGUCUGCCGGACGCGCUUCCGCGUCUGUUUGAAGCAGUACCAGGUCAACAUAGAUACAACGACGCCGUGCACUUACGGGGACGUGGUGACACCGGUCCUCGGCGACAACGUCCUCAACUUCACUCAGGCGGGUGCGAGUUUCGCCAACCCCAUCAGGUUCCCCUUCGACUUUACCUGGCCGGGGACUUUUUCGCUGAUCGUCGAGGCCUUCCACGACAACACGGAAAAUUCAACGUACGCCUUAAGCGGCUCGAGUGCCAGUGAUCGGGUAAUCAUAACGAGGCUGGCGACCCAGCGAUGGCUAGACGUCGGGUCCGAGUGGAUCGAGGACGAGCAUCGUUCCCACCACUCGAUGAUGCUGUACGAGUACAGAGUGACCUGCGCUGCUUACUACUACGGCAAGGGCUGCGAGAACCUGUGCAGGCCCCGGAACGACAACUUCGGGCACUACAGGUGCUCGUCAACCGGAGAACGCGUCUGCCUCUCCGGCUGGAAGGGAGACUACUGUGCGACUCCCCACUGCUUGACCGGAUGCGACGAGCAACACGGACACUGCAGUCGACCCAACGAGUGCAUGUGCCACAGCGGCUGGACGGGACAGUUCUGUGACCAGUGCGUUCGGUACCCGGGCUGCCUCCACGGCACCUGUCAGAAACCCUGGGAGUGCCUCUGCGACGAGGGCUGGGGAGGACUCUUCUGUAACCAAGAUCUCAACUUCUGCACGAACCACAAGCCUUGCCGUAACGGGGGCACCUGCUUUAACACGGGCCAGGGCUCCUACACGUGUGCCUGCGCUCCCGGCUUCAGCGGUACCGAUUGCGAGACGCCGCUCCUCGAUUGCCAGGCGCAGCCCUGCCUCAACCAGGGCACGUGCAUCCCUGCGCCCGCUAACAUCUCGCUCAGCGCUCUGGCCCUCAUGUCCGAAGACCGCGAGGAAGAGAGUCUGGGUAGGAAGUACCGCUGUGCUUGCCCGGUAGGCUGGCGGGGCCGUCAUUGCGAGCUCGGCACCCGCUCCUGCAGGGACGCACCCUGUGCACGGGGCGCCACCUGCGAGGAUGACCAGGAGCGCGGAUACCGCUGCAUCUGCCCACCGGGCCUAGCCGGGCCCGACUGCGAGCGUCAGCUCGACGAGUGCGCGGCACAUCCCUGCUCCAACGGCGGCACCUGCGCCGACCAUCCCUCGGGAUUUCGUUGCAGCUGCCCCCCGGGCUUUACCGGGGAGCGCUGCCAGCAAAACGUCGACGACUGCCAAGGCGAGCCCUGCCUUCACGGUGCGACCUGUCUCGACCUCGUAAACGGCUUUUCCUGCCAGUGCGUGCCAGGCUACGUGGGACGGCUCUGCCAGGACAAGGUGGACUACUGCCUGGCAAAGCCCUGCGCCAACGGCGGCUCCUGUCUCUCCACCACUAACGACUAUCGCUGCAGCUGCAAGCCCGGCUUCGCCGGCAAGGACUGCAGCGUCGACGUCGACGAGUGCAAGAGCUCGCCUUGCCAGCACGGGGGCACCUGUCGUAACCGCGUGAACGGCUUCGCUUGCGAGUGCCCGGACGGCUGGCGCGGCGAUACCUGCUCCGAGGCUUCCGCCCGCCCCGGUUCCGCGGGAUUCUGGCAGGCCGGCCGCGGUAGGAGCGCCGCUGCUGUGGCCGCUUCCCCCGAGGCACGCCAUGCCGCCCUCACCACCGAGCACGUCGUCGUAAUCGCGACGAUCUCGACAGCCGUGCCGGCUUUCGUCCUCGUCGCCGCCCUCGCCGUCAUGUGCAUGAAGCGACGGCAAAAGCGCGAGCAGGCCAAGGCCGACGAGGAAGCGCGCUUGCAAAACGAGCGUAACGCCGUGCACAGCAGCAUGAGCAAGCGCGCGGGUGCGCUACUCUCGCCCCAGCUCGAGGCGUCAUCCAUGACCAUGUCGCCGCCACCGCCACCCGGUGAUAGCCACAUGAUCAAGAACACGUGGGCGGCCCAUGGGCAGACGGGUCUGGGCGAUCGUAACCACGGUGGCAAGAGUGUGAACAACGCGAUGGCAGCGGCGGUAGCCGCAGCCGCGAUCGCCGAUGACGGCUACAAGCCCGAGCCGAUCUGUGGCGUCGGCGGCGGCGGCGGUGGUGGCUGUAUCGGCGGUAGCGGCGGAGCCCCGGAGGCGCGGCCACGACCGACGAAACAGCUGAACACGGAGGCGGCUGCGCAUCGCGCCUCCCAGCACCUCUACCACAAGGAGAAGGAGUGCGGCCUGGGGGCGCUCGGCGGUAGCCUGGGCCUCGCUUCCGCCUGCCAGCAGCUCCUCGAGGCGAAGCGCGCCUCAGCGCUGUACGCCGGGCCGACGGAGUCCGGAUGCUGCGUCGUGAGCAGCUGCGCCGAGGCCAAGAGGCCGGAGACGCCACCGUCGGUGGAGACGCAGCAGGGCUCGGACACGCCCGGUUGCGCCGUCUACGUCAUCGACGACCACUACAGGCACGACUCGGCGCUGGCCGCGACGCUCGCCACGGAGGUCUAGCCGACCUGUCACCCAUCCCAUCCUCUCGUCCCCCAACUCCCCGACCCCCAAAAAUCCACGGCCCCACUAACCCGAUCAGUCCCCAUCCUUAGAGGAGUCCCCGACCGACGCUUCACGCUCGCUUCGGCGUGAACACAAACAAUGGAUGCUGUGUAGGCGGAUCCGCGCGCACCCCGCCUGUCCUUAGCUAUUAAAUUAAAUAGGUAUCAUGC